AUGCGUCUCACCAAGCUCAUCCCAAUGACCAUCAUAAUCACUUCCGCCCUCGCCGGCCCCGCCGCCUACGGUAUCUGCCAAGCAGGAUGUGCAGGCGUCGCCGUGGCUUGCUAUGCAGCUGCUGGAGCAAUCAUGGGCGUGACAGCCGGAGCUGCUGCCCCUCCUGCAGUCCUAGCUUGCAAUGCAGCCUUCGGAUCUUGUCAAGCCGCUUGUGCUGCUGCUUUGGUCAUGCCUACUCCUUAG